AUGCCAACCUUCAGUCUAGGCCGUCUAGGUCGCUUCCAAAUAUCUCGUCUUCCUCCUCCAAACACCUCGUCGCCAAUAAAGCAGCAUGAUUUACCUUCCAGUCCUCCACCAGAGUACACCAAAAUCGCCGAGAAUGAAACCAAGUUCCACGCUCCAUCGCAAGCCCAGCCACCAGAAUGCAAGAUAGAGCAGUUGCGUCGGUUCCUUAUCGAGAUUGUUGCGAUUACUCUUGGCGCCAACUUCGACGAGCUGAACGCAGCUCUCCACGACAUUCCUAUACCAACCGGCACGAACACAAUCCUUUGCGACGACGAGCGCGCAAAUCUCCUCUCCCUGUCCAGCCUCGUCCGCAAGGUCCACAAGCGCUUCCUAGACAAUGAAAAGACGAGGAUAGAUCGAAAGGACGAAGAGAAAAUCCUCGCAACCAUCACCAAACCUGUGGAUAGCCUCAACCCAGCAGGCAACUUCACAAUACCUUGGUACUCUUUGGACAUGAUAGGAUGGUACGGCGAAGAAGUGCGAUCGCCGUCUGGCACAUCCUGGGCAUCUACCAUCCCCGGAUUU